AUGUCGGGCGACUUGACCUUCGGGACUUUGGUCAAGAAGCAGUUCACUGCUCAAAAGCUGCUGUUUCACUUCCUUUUUUGGACCUUUCACUGGGGCAUCUUUGCCUACGGCUGGUGGAAACAGGCAGCUGAUGUAAGGCUCGCGGGCCUGAACACUUUGCAGUAUUCCGUCUGGAUCUCUAGAGGUGCCGGAUUGGUCCUUAGUGUCGAUGGAAUGCUUAUUCUUCUCCCUGUUUGCCGGACAGUUAUGCGAUGGAUCCGGCCAAAAGUUCGCUUCCUUCCUCUCGACGAGAACCUUUGGCUUCACAGACAAUUGGCUUACUCUAUGCUUCUGUUCACUAUCCUGCACACUUCUGCUCAUUACAUCAAGUACAGCUUCUUCAACGUUGAAGUGACCCAGAUUCGACCGGUAACAGCUAUUCAGAUUCACUAUGCUCAGGCUGGUGGUGUAACCGGCCAUACUAUGCUUCUUUGCAUGCUCCUAAUGUACACCACUGCUCACGCCCGUAUUCGCCAACAGUCAUUCGAAACCUUUUGGUACACUCACCAUCUUUUCAUCCCCUUCUUCCUUGGAUUGUACACCCACACCGUCGGGUGCUUCGUUCGAGACACCGCUGAAUCUUACUCUCCUUUUGCUGGAAAGGACUACUGGGACCAUUGCAUUGGUUACCUUGGUUGGAGGUGGGAGCUCUGGUCGGGAGCUUUCUACCUCAUGGAACGCACCUAUCGUGAAAUCCGUGCCCGCCGCCUCACCAAGAUCACCCGUGUUGUCCGCCACCCGUACGAUGUCGUGGAGCUUCAAUUCAACAAGCCUUCGUUCAAAUAUAAGGCUGGCCAGUGGCUGUUCCUUCAAGUGCCGUCCAUUUCAAACUACCAGUGGCACCCUUUCACCAUCACCUCGUGCCCCUUCGACCCUUAUGUAUCUGUUCACGUUCGUCAGGUUGGCGAUUUCACCCGCGCUCUUGGUGACGCAGUUGGAGCUGGCAGUGCCCAGGCCAAGCUUUACGAUGGUGUUGACCCCAUGGGCAUGUACGAGGUUGCUCUGCAAAACGGUCAACAAAUGCCUGACCUUCGUAUCGAUGGCCCUUACGGCGCUCCUGCGGAGGAUGUGUUCGAAAACGAAAUUGCGGUGCUCAUCGGCACUGGUAUUGGUGUCACUCCUUGGGCGUCGAUUCUGAAAAACAUUUGGCAUCUGCGCAAUGGGCCAAACCCUCCUACCCGUCUUCGCCGCGUCGAAUUUAUCUGGGUCUGCAAGGACACGGGCUCGUUCGAAUGGUUCCAGACUCUUCUAUCUUCUCUCGAAUCUCAGUCUGAUGAGGCCGCUCGCCUUCCUGGCAGCAACGGUGUCGAGUUCUUGAAGAUCCAUACCUACCUCACUCAAAAGCUGGACAUGGAUACAACGCAAAACAUUGUGCUCAACUCCGUCGGUUCUGACCAUGACCCGCUUACUGAGCUUAAGUCGCGUACCAACUUCGGUAGACCCAACUUCCUGAAGCUUUUUUCCACUAUGCGUGAUGGUAUUCUGGACCGGACCUACCUCAAUGGUCUGGAGGGAAGCAUGCGCACGACUGUUGGUGUUUACUUUUGUGGCCCCUCAGUUGCUGCUCGCGACAUUAACCAAGCGUGCAAGGCUGCGACUGUCAGGGAAGUCAAUUUCCGUUUCUGGAAGGAGCACUUCUGA